AUUUUGCAGUUAGAAUGAAUAAAUCAUAAGCAGAUGACGAUUUACUGAUGGCCAUUUUUUUAGUUUAAAUUGACGAAAGUCCAAAAAAUCGAUAUUUUGAACCACCUACAAAAUCGAUUCCUGUAGCUGAAAAUUUUUAAGCCAAUCCAUUAUUUCGCCUUUGUAGGAUAAAAAAUCCUCGAGCUUAAAUCUUUCGCUAAGAUUCGAUCAAUUUUUGGAGAAAAGGAAUUUAUCGACUAAUUGGUCCAAUUUAAAGGCCGCAAAUAUUUAAAAAAAAAAACAAUUGCCGGAUUUAAAAUUUAUUGUUUUAUUUUCUUUAUUUAUCAGUUUUUUAGUGCAAAUUGUUUAAAAUAGAUUAAGUUUAAUUAAAUUUGCUAUCGUACCGUUGACUUGAAGGAGACCCGAACAAUUACCGAAUCGGCAACAAAAGGACUCGCGUCUCUUUAAAUUACAUUUUCGACUCGAGAGUGACAAAAAGAUGCGUCAAGAGAGAAUAUGUGUUGGUGCCAUUGAUAAAAUUGGUAACAGCCAAAUUUAAAAAUACAAUUCAUAAAAGUAGCUAUCAAUAAGACAACUACAAGACAAUAACCAGUCUGUGAGUUAUAAUACCAGAAUUAUUACCAGUUUUCAGUCGGUGAAAAACAAAAACAUACCAAAAGAGGUGAACAAUUUUGCCAGUUGGUCCAUUUUUAUUGAUCACUACUAAAAAGCAGAAUAGUUCUUUAGUUAUGAAUUAGCAUUGAUGAUGAGCUAAUUGACCACUUCAAAACUUGUUAUAAUUGUUGAAAGUAUUCUUUUUGCCAAAGCUGUGUUCAUUUUACAAUAAAUUUUACAUAACUUAGCAAUAUAAUUUGUUGGCCCCAUGGUGUGAAAAACGAAGUGGCAUAGUUGUAAAGAUAUAAAUUAUAAACUGAAAAAUUAUAACACCUGGUUUGAACAACUUAGCAGUUUAUUGUCUGAUGGUUCCGUGGGCACAGAACAUCACAUCAAAAAAACUCAAUAUAUUUUCAUAACUCAUACUUAUAAAUACUAAAAAAUACCAGUUGUACGUGCUCAGUGGCAGUCAUUAUUUCAGUCUGUGAUUUUACUUGGCAAUUGAAUUUUAUUGACCCCACUUUCAUAUAUUUGUCAGUUUACCGACAAGACCUUGCAAAAUAUCUGAAGCUGUUACUUAAAAAAGGCUCAAGAACUUUUGACUGAAGAAGAAGGCCUACAAAAUGGCUUUUUGCGACCGAGUUUUUAGCCCAAAUGGCAAUAAUAUUAUCCACUCCACAGUGUUCCAGUUUUUACCCCUACUCGCGACGAUACUGGUUGCAGUCCAGAUCAGAGAAGUGUCGGGGUACAUUGUGCCCAAAGGGUCCCUCCAGAAGGAGGACUCAAGCAGUGAAAGGCAGUUGGGAGGGGGAGGGGGGAGAGUGCAGUGUCUGCCGUGUGAGUCCACAGUGUGUGGGGAUUGGCGUAAGAUGGACUGUAAGCAUGGGUUCAUAAAGGACGCCUGCGACUGCUGUUUCCAGUGCGCUCGCUUCCCAGGAGAAUUAUGCGGAGGUUCGCAGAAUGUGUACGGGACGUGUGGUAUCGGCACCUACUGUCGUUAUGCUUACAAUUCAGUCGGCCAGGAGACGCAGCAGAGUGCUGGAACAUGUUACGAAGUGGAGGGGCUGCCUGACAAGGAACACUAUGUGCCGAGGGGUGUGUGGGUCAUACCACCUGGGGUCAAUUUCAACCCAGAGAAAGCAGCAGGAAACCCGAAGGAGCCAAAACCAGACAAACCAUACGUGAAGCCUAAGCCGAACAAACAAUUGUAUCCAUGGGACGAGUACCCGUGGCUCAACGAUGGCCCCAACAACCCCAGCGGAGAUCCCAGCUGCAAGGCUCAGUGCACACCGGAACUGUGCGGAAGAGACAAACGGGCAGUGUGCUCAGCUACCAACAGGGUAUACAGUGAGCCAGAGAGGUGUGAGAACCAGUGUCACCACACCAGCUGUCUGGCCUGCUCUUACGCCAUAGACAUCGCUCACUGUGGCCAGUGUGGCCCCAAGGACAACAGCUGUCUGAAGAAGUUCGGAGUGUGCAUCAAAGCACUGAGGAGGAAGCUACAGCUGCACAAGAACAAAGACAAACAACAGCCCACCAGCCUCAGUCCUCCUGAUGGCCUGAAGUUCGCGUGUUCAAUCCCAGCCUGUCCCAAAGAAGUGUGAUCACAAUAAUUUUCAUAUUUGAUGCCAAUGCACUACAACAAAACCAACUCCCGGGCGCAGCAAACGAGUCAAAACUGAUCAGCCAAAACAAACCAGCCAAGAUUCAUUUUUGAUAACUCGUAUCAAUUGAUAUGCAACUCUCGAUGACUUUUCUCACUUUCCCAACUUAUGAAUUUGCGACUCAAAAUGACAUCAUCCUUUAAAAUAUUUAACUUGUUGCUGUUUGUUUAACAUUUACAGCUGAUUGAAAACCAUUGCGAGGAAUUUCAAAAAGGUUCUCGAUUUUAUAGAAGUUUUAGUUUGCACUAAUUUGCCUCUUUUUCUUUCCCGACAACCAGCUAACCUAUUUUUAGAAUAACUGUUUUGAUGAUAAUAACUAUUUUGUAAUUAAAAAUUGUAUAAAUUACGAAUAAAACA